UUUUUUAUUGGUUGGAAAGCACUCUGUUCUGCCAAAAGUUCUCAAAGGGGAUAUAUUCUGAAAUUGUUUCUACGAUCUUCAUCCAAUCCUUCCACCGCCCACCAUUUUCAAGAAUAUAUCAAUGGUUGUCUAUCUCAUCUUUGUGUUGCUAUCCUGUACCAUAUUCUUUUUCGUGUCAUGUUCUAAUGCGGUAGACAGUGUAUCUGCAAAUCAACCAAUCAAAGAUGGAAACACAAUUGUUUCAUAUGGCGAGACGUAUGAACUGGGGUUUUUUAGCCCCGGAAAGUCAAAGAAUCGAUAUUUGGGGAUAUGGUACAAGAAGAUAUCACCUUGUACAGUUGUCUGGGUUGCUAACAGGCACACACCAAACACCGAUGCAUCUGGGGUGUUUGAAGUCACUACAGAUAGAAUCCUGCUGAUUCACAGUGGUAUUAGUAUCGGUAAUAGAUCAGUGAUUUGGUCAUCAAAUUCUACAAUAUUAUCUGUUAAUCCAGUGGCACAGCUUCUGGACACUGGAAAUCUUGUGGUGUGGGAUGAAAGUAGCAACAAAGAAAAUCCGAUCUGGCAAAGUUUUGACUACCCUGGUGACACAUUCCUACCAGGAAUGAAAUUUGGGAAGGAUUUGAUAACAGGAAGAGAGAGAUACUUGACAUCUUGGAAGAGCCCAGAUGAUCCUUCUGUAGGAGAGUAUAAACUCUGGUUAGACACAAAUGGAUAUCCACAAAUAUUUGUGGUAAAAGGUCUAGUUAGACAUGCCAGGCUUGGACCAUGGAAUGGUGUUGGGUUUCGCGGGUUUGCGUUGGAAAACACGAAUCCAAUUUUAUAUGCAGAGUUUACAGUUAACGAUAAGGAAAUUUAUUAUGGAGUUAAACUAAAGAGUUCAGUUAUUCUGAGGAGGGUUAUGAUGAACGAUGGCAACCCACGGCAGUUGAAUUGGAUCGAGAGAACACAAGAAUGGGUCAUGUAUGGAAAUAUAGUAGUUGAUAGCUGUAGUUAUUAUGGACGUUGUGGUCCUUAUGGAAUCUGCAGCAUCGAACUUCCCCCUUGUAGUUGUAUGGAAGGUUUUGAACCACGAGUGUCAGAAGAUUGGAAUGGAGGAGAUUGGUCGUUAGGGUGUCAACGCAGAAAGCCUUUGAAUUGUGGGACUCGAGAUGUCUUCCAUAAAAUUUCAGGUGUGAAAUUUCCAGACACACGGCGCUCAUGGUACAACGUGACCAUGUCUCUUGGUGAAUGUGAGAUGGUAUGCAGAAGGAAUUGCUCUUGUACAGCUUACGCAAAUGUAGAUAUCAGAAACGGGGGAAGUGGGUGUUUGCUAUGGUUUGAUGACCUCAUGGAUAUUACUGAGUAUGAAGAUCAGCAGGAACUAUACAUACGACUGGCAAGCUCUGAGUUAGCAGGUAAAUAUAUUUUAUACAAUAUAUAUAAAAAAGGCGGAUCCAGCUUCAACAAAAAGAAGGAAGUACUUACGGUGAUGCUGUCAGUUUCUUCAGCUGCAUUGCUUCUGUCUGCAGUAGCAUAUGCCUGUAGAAAGAAAAUGAAAACGCCUCACAAAAAAGGACGAGGAGAAAAUGAAAAUGAACCUUUUGUAGGAAGCAGGCCACAUACCCUCGUUAAGGAUCAAUCCAGUGUUCAGAUAGAAAACCUUGAUGAGGUACCUUUUCUUAGCAUGUAUCAAAUAGUUAAUACUGAUAACUUUAAAAUUGAUAAUAAGAUUGGAGAAGGUGGUUUUGGUCCAGUUUACAAGGGUGUGUUGGAAUAUGGGAAAGUAAUCGCUGUAAAGCGUCUCUCAGAAACAUCCCAACAAGGACUUGAUGAGUUCCAAAAUGAAGUCAUUUGUAUUGCCAAACUUCAACAUCGGAAUCUUGUGAAGCUUCUUGGAUACUGCAUUCAUGGAAAUGAAAGGAUUUUAGUUUAUGAAUACAUGGAAAACAAAAGCUUGGAUCAUUUCUGUUUGCAACAUCCAGACUUAUUAAGUAGUUCAUAUUUCGCAGAUGAAGAUAGAGGUUCAAUGCUUGACUGGCCUCAGCGCUUUCACAUUAUCCAUGGUAUAGCUCAAGGUAUUCUUUAUCUACAUCAAGAUUCCCGCCUCCAAAUCAUCCACAGAAAUCUCAAGGCAGGUAAUAUCUUGCUGGACAGUGAAAUGAACCCAAAAAUAUCAGACUUUGGCCUUGCUCGGAAAUUUGUAGGACAGGAUGACAUGGCUAAGACAAAGAAGGUUGUUGGAACAUAUGGUUAUGUUUCUCCUGAGUAUGCGGUACAUGGAUGUUUCUCUAUAAAGUCGGAUGUAUUUAGCUUUGGUGUAAUUGUGUUGGAGAUAGUGAGUGGAAAAAAGAACAGAGAGUUCUCUCAUGAGGCUCAUAGUGACAACCUUCUUGGACAUGCAUGGAGGCUCUAUAAAGAAAACAAGUCCAUUCAACUACUGAAUGCGUCUUUACGCAACUCCUGCGUCAUCUCUGAAGUACUACGAUCAAUACAUAUUGGAUUAUUGUGCGUGCAACAUCAUGCAGAAGAUAGGCCAACUAUGUUGUCUGUGGUUUUAAUGUUGAUUAGCGAGGGUGCAUUACCUCCACCUAAGCAACCAGCUUUCUUCACAGAAGAAAGUCACCGUCAAGUCGACUCUGUUUCAACUCUAGAGGAAUACACAAUAACACUAUUGCAUGCUAGAUAGAAAGCUUGUGUCUAUGGUAGAUUUGAAAGUGCAUCUUAUGUUCAGCUCUAUUCAUCUCAUUUCUUUGAAGCUUUAGUUUUGUCCUUUCCAGAUUGUAAUCUUAUGUUCCAUAUCUAGAGGAACACAUGGUAAAACUGCUGCAUGCAGAUGUAAAAUUACAAGCGAGAAUCUCUAUUCAUCUCCUCUCUCUGAUGCU